AUGGGUAAUUGUAAUAUCAAUGAAAAAAAGGAAGAUCUAAUGGAAAAUAAUGUGGUUUCUGUUUAAAAUUUUCAAUUUAUUGAUGCCAUAGGAAGAGGGGGAUUUGGUAAAGUGUGGAAAGUCCGUCAAAAGAAGAAUAAAUAGUUUUAUGCCUUGAAAGUGAUGUCAAAACCUAAGAUAAUAACAAAGAAAUCUGUGUAGUCAGUGAUGAAUGAAAAGGCACUACUAUGUGGAUUAAAGCACAAUUUUCUGAUCAACAUGUAGUACUCAUUUCAGGAUCGAGAAUAUUUGUAUUUAGUUAUGGAUUUACUUUCAGGAGGAGAUUUGAGAUAUCACAUAGGAAGGCAUCGAAGAUUUAAUGAGGAACAAACAAAGUUUUUCAGUGCAUGUAUAAUGGUAGCAUUGGAAUAUUUACAUCAACAAGGGAUAUUACACAGAGACCUAAAGCCAGAGAAUUUAGUGUUUGAUAGCAAUGGAUACUUGAGAUUAACAGAUCUUGGCAUAGCAAGAAUUUGGAAACCAGAGAACUCUCAAGACACAAGUGGAACUCCAGGAUACAUGGCCCCAGAAGUAAUGUGUCGACACAAUCAUGGAGUAGCAGUCGAUUAUUUUGCCUUGGGAGUGAUAGUAUAUGAGUGUAUGUUGGGAAGAAGACCAUAUUUGGGAAGAAGUCGUUAAGAAAUAAGGGAGUAAAUGUUAGCAAAAUAGGCGGCUAUAAAGAGGUAGGAAAUACCUCCUGGAUGGAGUUUAGAGGCUGCAGAUUUUACGAAUAGAUUGCUUUAAAGAAAGCCGUAAAAUAGAUUGGGGAAUAAUGGACCUGAUGAGGUGAAGGAUCAUCCUUGGUUUAAGGAUUUCAGUUGGGAGAAGUUGAUGAGUAAAGAGAUGGUUGCUUCCUUUAUACCGAAUGGGAAUGAAGACAAUUACUUGCCAUCGGAUAGCAGAAGAGAUUCUGAUGAUACGAUUAAUGAGGAUCAAUAGAUGAUGUUAAGAAGAAAUUCGAUACAAAGUAAGAGGAGUGAUUCAUUGUUAGAUUUAUUUAAUGGUUACGAUUUUGACAAUAAUGCCAGUGUUCCAAGCAGUUAAAUUGCUAUUUCGAGUACUUCUUCAUCUCGAGUCACGAAACAACCAACAACUACUACGACACCGAAGUCAGCCAAGUUGGCCUAAAAGCUUAAAAAUUGA